UAUAUAAGCCCUUUACUGUGGAAGCUUCUUCAGACAUUCCUAAAUUGUAUUAGCAGUCGUGCAUUACAAAAUGUUGAGGAAAUUCCUUUGCUUGUUUGUGCUGAUUAGUUUAAUCGCCUUCAUCAGCGAAUUGCCAAGUGCCGAUUGCAUUAUCACUACCACUGAAAAAGGAGUUGCUGCAAAAGAACCUUCGGCAGCUGCUGCAGAUGCAGAUUCUCCAGACGCUGAUGCAGAUUCAUUAGGCGCUGAUGGAGUAACGUCAACUACUGUAGCAGAUUCAUUAGACGCUGAUGGAGAUUCAUUAGACGCUGAUGCACAUUUAUUAGAUGGAGAUUCAUUAGAUUAUGCUCCACUAAUGCUUUUUAUACAUGGGUAAAAAAAUGUAAAUGAAAGUAUUAACUUAAAAUAUAAAAUAUAGAUACGCGCAUAAUUUUA